AUGCUGCGCUGGUUCUUGUCCCACCUGCUAGGUGUCUGGCUGCUACUAAGCCAACUUCCCAGAGAGAUCCCAGCCACGGAUGACAAGAAACUUAAGGCAUGUGGUCGUGAUUAUGUCCGCCUACAGAUUGAGGUCUGCGGCUCCAGCUGGUGGGGGAGAAAGGCUGGCCAGCUGCGGGAACGUCGGCAGAUAUCCGAACCCCUGGCAGAAGUUGUGCCAUCCUCCAUCAUCAAUGAUCCAGAAAUCUUAAGUUUGAUGUUGCAAUCCAUUCCCGGUAUGCCACAGGAACUGAGGAUAGCAACACAGUCUGGGAAGGAGAAGUUAUUAAGAGAGCUACACUUUGUACUGGAAGAUUCCAAUCUUAACUUGGAAGAAAUGAAGAAAACUUUUCUUAACACACAAUUUGAAGCUGAAGACAAAAGCCUUUCAAAAUUAGAUAAACAUCCCCGAAAAAAGAGAGAUAACUACAUAAAAAUGAGUGAUAAAUGUUGUAAUGUAGGUUGUACCAGAAGAGAGCUUGCUAGCCGAUGCUGA